CUACGAGUGGCGUACCUGGCCAGCAGCUGCAGGGGGACGCGCCUAGUCAGCCACAAGCUCCGCUCAGUCCACAAUUUGGGGGCGCUAGUGCUGUAGCAGGGCGUGAGCGUGUGGAGUCGUUUGGCGAUCCAAAUUUUGUGGUUGAGGCUAUUGCAGACAAGGGAGUAGAUCUGAAAGAGUUGAAGAUGGCGGAGAAGACUGCAGCAGACGAGACUCACAUGCCGGCUCAAGCGUCAACGUCACCUAGAAGUCACAUAUCAACUACAGUAAAAGGCCAAGAACAAGUAGUACAAGAAACGCCGCGCGCCAUCGUC